AUGAGAUGGAUUAGAAAGAAAAAGGGAAAAGUUUUGGCCAAAGAUGAAGGACAUUUUAUUACUUUUAUCGUAAUAUUUUUGGAAAUGUUUGAAAAAGAGAAGGGGAAAGAAAAUGGUCGAGUUUCUGAUAAAUUGUUUUUGGGCGAUAAUGUCAACUAAAAACUAUGAGAGAGGAGUAAGGGGGGAGGGGGUAUAUAAAAAUAUUGCUUGUGUUUGAUAAAUGUUUUAGUGAUAGUAAAAAUAGUAAAAAUAUUGGGGAGGUUAUUUUUGGUAUUUUAACAAAAAAAAUUUUUAUUAAAGGAAAAAGAGUAAGGGAGAAAAUUGAGAAAUGAUGGCCUUGAUAAGAGAAAAUUGAAAAAAAAAUUUAAAAAAAAGGAAAGGAGAGCAAGUAGGGAGCGGCCCAUAUUUUGCCAAUACACAUUUUGCCAAUAAGGCUAAAAUUUCUCGUUUUGUCAACAAACUUGUGGCAAAAUGUCGAGUUUUUGCCUUAUUGGCAAAAUGUGGUAUUGGCAAAAUGUCGGAGGGAACGGUGGUAAAAUUAUUUUUAUAUCUCACCUCAAUAAUUCUUCCUCUUCCUUUACUUUCUAAAAUUAAAAAAAUCUGGCUCAAUAAUAGACGGAAUAAAAAAAAUUUUUGUUGAAAGGGAUUUACUAGUUUAAACAAAAUCUUUUUUUUUAAAAAUAAGUGAGGAAAUGCGCGGAGGAAAAAAUAUUUUUUUAAUUCCUCUUUUUUAAAGUGUAUUAGUGUGUGUUUAGACAAACAUGUGUGGGGGACACCCUUUUAAGACUUUUUUUUCUUUUUAGUCAAUAUUUUUUGAAAAAUAUUUUUUUGAGAAAAAAUCAAAAUUUAGUCGCAAAAUUGUUUAAAAUUAAAUUUUUUUAAUUAUAGAAGAAAUUUGAUUUUAAAGGAGAAAAAAAACUUUUAGGUGAGUUGAGAGAGUUUGAGAGAAUUGAGAUUUUCUAAUAUAACGAUCUCGAUUCUCGGGCGACACUCCCAAUCCAGUCUCUAAAAAAUACCUU